AAUAUAUAAUACGUGUGUUUAUAAUAUAAAUAUCUAUUUAUAAUUAUGUCUGAUGAAAAAUUAAUAAAAACAAUACAAAGUACUUUCUCAUUAUAUGGACUUGUACUUUCAAGAAAACUUAGUUUUGCACUUGCUAAAGAACUUUUAAAUAUAGAAGAAAAUGAACAGGAAAAUUGGCUUACACAAAUAAUAGAACAUGUUUUGACUCAAAAUUUAACUGAUCCAAAUGUAACUAUUGCAACUCUAAAGUUAGCAAUACAAGAAUAUAUAAGACCAAAUACAUUAAAAGAUACAGAAACAGUUUUAAAUGUUAUAGAUGUAUUUGAUGUACCUAAAAUCAAAUAUGACUUGUCUAAAAAAAAAUUUAUUUUGGAAAAUAUUUUACCAGAUUUAUAUGCUGAAGCACAAUAUAAAUCUACAAUUUUUAAAGAUAGAUUUGAAUUACUUUGGUAUAGAACUUUAAGACAUGAAUUAUUUAUACCACCAAAACUUGGUGAAAAAAAAGAAAAUUGGAUUGAAUUAACAUCAAUUGAAUAUCUAUUGAGUGAAACUAAAAAAGGAAAUGUUUAUGUUAUGGGUCUUUUAACUGAAUUAACAGAGGGACAAUAUUAUUUAGAAGAUACAGGAGGUUUUAUAAAACUUGAUCUAAAAAAAGCAAAUUUUCAAGAUGGUUUAAUUAUGGAGUCUUCUAUUGUAAUAGUUAAUGGAAAUUUUCAAGAAGGUGUUUUACAUGUAGAAAAUAUAGGUUUGCCACCAGCAGAAUCAUCUAACAAUGCACGUGUAGAUUUUGGUAAUUCUAAUACAUUUGGUGGUUCUCAUAAUUUAUCUUUGAAGUUUUCAGAAAAAUUAAAAAUUUUUGAAGAAAGUAAUAAAGAUGGAAUGAUUGUUUUUGUAUCUGAAAUAUGGUUAGAUGAUGUAACUGUUUUACGCAAAUUUAAAACUAUGAUAGAAGGAUAUUCUGAAUGUCCUCCUAUAGCUUUUGUAUUAUGUGGACAUUUUUUAAGUUUUUCUACAAAUAUAUCAAGCAAACAUAAAUUGAAAAAAGGACUUAAAAAUCUUGCUGAUAUAAUAAUACAAUAUCCAGAUAUAAAACAAACUUCCAAAUUUAUUUUUGUACCUGCACCAGAUGAUAUUGGAUCACCAAAAAUUUUACCAAGAUCACCACUUCCAAAACAUCUUACAGAAGACUUUAGAAAAAAUAUACCUGGUGCAAUCUUUACUACUAAUCCAUGUAGAAUUCAAUAUUGCACGAAAGAAAUUGUGGUAUUAAGAGAAGAUAUAUUAACAAAAAUGUGUAGAAAUGCACUUCAUUUUCCAAGUCAAGGCAAUAUCUAUGAUCAUUAUGCUAAAUCAAUCAUCUGUCAAUCUCAUUUGUCUCCUUUAAGUCUGUCAAUAAUACCAAUAUAUUGGAAAUACAAUCAUUCUUUACAAAUAUAUCCUACUCCAGAUCUUAUUGUGGCUGCAGAUAGAUUUGCAGAAUAUGAAACUAAUUAUUCUAAUUGUCAUGUAAUUAAUCCUGGAUUGUUUCCAAAAAAUGAUUAUUCGUUUAAAGUAUAUGUUCCAGCAUUAAAUUUAAUUGAGCAUUGUGCUAUUCCUAAAGAUAAGGAUGAUGUCUAAUUAUAAAUUGUUUUUAAUCUUUGAAAAUAAAUAAAAUAUUAACAAAUAAAAUAUUAGUCCAAAAUA